GUGCCAGCACGGCGGAGCUACGUCGAGCGGAGGCAAGGCUCCGGCUGGCCCGAGCAAUGCCCGCCGAUGCAGGCGGCCUCUGCCUUCGGUUGGGAUGUCAUAAACCCCUUCGACAUCCAGUUUGACCCUGGCGAGGAUGGCUGGGAAAUCCACAGCUCAGUAGAAGUUGGCGGCGGAGACCUUGAGGAGCGUGGAGACAUCGGAGCCUUCGACCAGGACAACUGCUGGCAGUGGGAUCCGAAUCAGGUGCUGCCCCACCGGAUCUCUCCUCAUGUCUAUCCGGAGAUCCGGAAUCAGGCCAAAGUGUCUACGUACCUUUACUUGCAGACCCCGCCCGGGUGGGCCGUCUUGAUGAGCGACAUCCCGAACGUGAAGCGACGGUUCCGGAUAUUAAGCGCACUGAUUGACACCGACUGGUAUUUUCCAGCACAUCCCUGGCACGCAGUGGUGGAGCUGCCCAGGACGGCAGCCGGGGAGCCAAUCGUGUUGAGGGAGGGCGAGCCGCUUUGCAGGCUGACGCCGGUGAGGCGCGGCACGUAUGCAGCCCGUGAGAUGAAGCCGGAAGAGUUCAAGAAGCUCUAUCGUGGUGGUCAGGCUUGGCUCCAGAAGAACGGGCGCCCCUCGGAGGAUCCCGAGGCCGAGGAGGGCGUCCUGGACAUCCGCGGAGCCUAUGCUCGCAAGCAGCAGCCGCUGGACUUCGAGGUCAGAAGACGACGGAGAACUGUUGUGCCAUGGGAUCAGUAG